AUGUUAAGUCUGAAGCGUAGCGCAAGCGAGAAGAGCGCCGACGCCGCGAGUCGUCGAGCGUCUUCUCGAAUGCGCAAAAUGCGUCCAAAUGACGAGGCUACCGCGGCCGUAUCAUUCGCAGUUGGCCACACCCAACGUGUGUGCUUCAAGUGCACGCGAAGAGGCCACUCCCUGUCCUUAGGAGGCGACUUCCGGUCCAAUGUUCAGGUCCGGUAUUAUAAACUCGAUGGCAUUGGCGACUUGGGGGACAUUGUAGAGGUCGUUGAACGAAUUGUACACCUUCAGUUGCGGGCAGUAGGUCGAGAGCACAUAGUGUAG